UGGUAAGUCGCGUUGCUCUAUAGUAGUAGUAGUGGUGGUGGUGGUGGUGCCUGGUGGUGUGGUGGUGGUGGAGCGAGGCGCACGAAUACUCACAUGCCGCAUGCGGCAUAGCAGCAGCAUACGAUGAGAAGGGAGAGAAUAGCAGCAGUGGCUCGACUCUCUCAUACACUACUAUACGCUGCUGUGUGCUUGUGCGCCUAAAGAUUUUUGUAUAUGUGUGUUUCGAUGCGAAUACAUACUGUCAGUGCGUAGCCGCACAUCGUACACGACAGUUCGCGCGAUCAUCGGAGCCGGCGAAAUUUUUUUGUUCAUAAUAAAACGAAUGUAACAGCGUUACGACGACAAUUAUAAAUUUUUGUUGUAAUAUAAAAGAUUGUGCGGAAUCGACGUCGAUAGUCAUCGCGAGAUUAUUUCGCUCUAAGAGUGCUGUCGCGCGAUUGCUCCGUUCUUUAUUUUCUCGCAAUAGUACGUGACGUUAUUUUGUUUAUCUUUUUCUAUUACCGCAUCGAGUAAUAAAAGAAAAGUGUGUGGAGUUUUUGAGAUAGUGUUGUUCUACGACAUCGCGAUCGCUACGACUUUUCGUCCACCGAAUUCCCGAGAGAUAGAGAGCAAGCGAGAGAAUUUUUCCAUCGAUCGGAAAAAUUUCCACACAGAAGACAGAAGCAGCAGCAGACAAGAGACACGUAGUACGAAAUUCGAGGGAUCCCUAAAAUAAGGAGUUUUUCCUCUUCUCGGUUUCGGAAGUUCGCAGCUCGGUAUCUCUAUAUACACUACACUCCAGCAGGACUUCCGGAGUGUAUAUAAAGCCAACGAAUACGACGACGACGCACAAGAAGAAGAAGACGUCUGUUGUUGCCGCUGCCGAGUUCUAUAUAUAAUAAUACUCUCUGCAAGCAGCAGGAAGUACAUUUACACACGCUCGCGCAGAUAAUACGUAUAAAAAAAAAGGAAGGAAAGAAAGGAAAGCUGCUCCUUGAAUACGUACGCGAGUGUGCCAGAUAUAUAUACAGCAGUGUAUUUGUGCUCGCGCGUGUUUUUUUUGUUGUGUGCGCGGAGUACGAGCGAGUCGUUACGAUACAUUCGUACGAGGCUUUUUUCGAGAGGAUGUCCGCGGUUGAGAGCGCCCUCGACGUCCUCUCCAGGGCUGCCACCAUGGUCCAAGAGGAGCGGCCAAAGACGACGAAUCUGCAUCGCCGACCGAGUAGCACAUGGCGCAAGGAGCGCCGACGCGACCCGAUCCAGAGCGAGGCCCUGGACAUGUCGGCGGCCCGGGUGGUGCACUGCAGCAGGCCGAGCGUGAUCGUGCCGACGACGGCGCCGGCCGCGCCCCAACAGUCGCCCAUCAAACAGUCGGCGGAUUCGGCGGCCACCGAAGCCCUCGCAGGUGAAACGACGGAAGACACAGCGGUGACACCGACGGCGAGCGUGACGGCCUCGGCGGCGACGCGCGGCCAGCAUCACACGGGCCUGAGGCAGUCCGGCGUGGCCAGCGACCCGGCCAUCGACGAGCACUUCAAGCGCUCGCUCGGACUCAAAGAUUACGCCGCGGUCUUCAACGCGAGCAACACCGGUGGCGACAAAGAUACGGGCUUGAGCGUGGACGAUCAUUUCGCGAAGGCCCUCGGCGAGACGUGGACGAAGCUUCAAGCGACCAGUCGAAGCAAGGACUCGACGUAACUUCUCUCUCAUCGUGCGCAGAGUCAUAUUUUCUUCUUGAACCUAUUUUUUUGCAAUUCGUAAUAAGAUUUGUACACGACAUACUCGCUGACGACAACGACUUAAAGCGUCGCUGCUGUUGUUUAUUUAUUUAUUUUUUUUUGUAAAUCUGGUUGAAUCAUUGAAUUAUGCGACAACCAGCGCAGAAUCUCGUCAAAAUUCGCUCGACGCUAUAAUUGAAACUUUGUACAUAGGAUGAGGCGAUGCUAUUCGAUUAAUAUGCGUCACCGAAUCAAGUAGGCUAUACGACAUAAUAAGUAAUUAUACGUGUAGUAAUAAUUACGUAUACUUAAUUCAUAAAUUGUACACAUAGAGGCAAUAAUAUCUUGAUUGAUUUUUUUUCGGAUACCUAAGAAUAUUGAAGUAAUUUACCCACGACUCAUUCGCACGUGACGAUGAUGAUCGAUAAAAGAAAGAAAAAAAAUGUAUAGGUAAUAUUGCCUGUUCUUUUUUUUUUUUACUCACGACGAUAUUGAAACGUGUACAUGAUAUUUUUUGAUAUAUGAUAUAAGAUUUUAUCAUAAUAUUAAUCGUGUAUAAUGAUUUAUAUACACAUCGUUUGUUAAUAUAUUCCUCGCAAGCUCGCAAUACAAUGCAUACACACUGUAUACUACGAUAUAAGAUGGUAAAAAUGCUUUGGGAGAUUCUUAAAAAAAUAUAUAGACGUACGUAACAAAUAUAUGUAUAGGAAAGCUAUAUAAACAAAUCGCAUGGUUGCUUAAGGUACAAAACUUUAACGAUGAAAUUGUACAUUACGAGUAAUUUAAAAUUAAUAACCGAACUCAAUCGAACGAGUUUCUUUUUGUAUUAUUUGGCCAAGUUUUUCGAAUCAUUCGAAUAGGUGCCCGAGUUAAUAAACUCUUAACAUUUGAUAAUAAGAUAAUUUAAUAUACGAAAUAAAUAUUACAUACUUAUAAAUAUAACGCUAAUUAAUGUGUACGUUAUACGAUUACAAUUAUGAUGUGUAUAUUGUCCUUUAAUGAUAAUUCUAUUAUUGGAUAAUGAAAAAAAGACAACCAAGUCUUAAUAAAAACGAACGUUCCUGUAUUAUA